GGGCAGCGUUCUAAUUUUGAAGAAGUCCUGCCCAGCAUAAGAAGGGAAGUUACUGAACUUGUAGAUUUGGGAACGGAGGGCAGUAUGGAGAUUGUAAACCUUCUGGAUGAAAUUGAAUAUUUGGAAAAUCAGAAAAUUAGUGAUUUUCUUGUAGAUAAAUCCAAAGGAGCUCGUUAUCUCGAUUUCCUCAUCAGGAAGAAGAAAAUAUCCAAGGAUGAGGCUUUGAAAAUGCUGGAGAGAAAAUUGCCAGUGAAAAAGAAGAAGAUGAAGAAGAAGGGAUCGAAGAGAAAAAAGACCGGAAAGAAAAUUUCUCGUAAAAAAACUAAAUAAAUUCCAUGGAAACCAGAAGUAACAGAAAGAUGGAGGCUUUUUUGAAGGAAGGACUUGGAGUUCUUCUCCAAAAUGCUAUAGAUUCUCUCUUAAUUAUCAACCGAGGACAUAAAGUCAUUAAAAAAGUUGUCCAGAAGCGUCCAAUCCAGGAACGAUAUCGUGAAAGAAACCCAAGUGCGGUGAAGGCAAGUCCAGGGAAAAUUCAUGAGUCUUUGCAAGCUGUUGGCAAAGGGAUGAUUUUUGUGAAGUUGGAGGAAGACAUAGAUUUCUUGAGGUACUGCUUGGAAGAAGCUCUGGUUGAGGGAUUUCCUCAGCUCAGAGAAAUCAUUGACAUGGUACACAAAGAAGGGAGGGAAGAGUAUCAUGUAAUUGAUGAAUACAAUAAGAACAAGAAACUCUCUCAGUAUCUUGAGAAGAAACUACGAAAAGAUUCAGAAGAUUGUCGGAAACGCCUUAAAGAUUGCGAUGAGAAGCUCAUUGAUCUCCAGAAUCAGCUGAAGGAUUGCGAAUUGGAGAAUGCCAUGAGAUGUCGAUUGGUUUUGAAGUGGGAAGCAACUCGCCAUGAGCAGGCUCAAACGCUCUAUGAUCGGGAACGGGAUAUGCUGUUGCAGGAAAUUCAGAGUGUCCAGAGGAAAUCGAAUGAGGAGAAGAGGAUAAUGAGCGAGAUGGAGGUCUUUUGUCAGCAUCAGAUGGACAAACUCGAGGGAAUGACCCAACACUGGAUUGAGCGAUACAACAAAGAACUCGUGGAACUGGAUGAGAAUCUACGAUUGGCUAGGAUUCAGAUUGAGAGUCUACAGAUGUGCAUCCGGGACAUGCAGGAUUCUUUCAAUGGGCGUCAGGAGGAGAUUGAUGAAUACCUGGAGCAGAAACGCCUCGAGGAUGAAGCUCGGCAGCUUGAGCAGAAAAAAUGGGACAGUGCCGUGAGGAUCCAGGCAUGGUGGCGUGGAACUAUGGUGAGAAAUUGCCUGGGACCGUACAGGAAGAAGAAGAAAGGGAAGAAGGGAAAGGCAGCCAAGAAGAAGAAAUAAAUUUAUUGCUAG